AAAAUGAAGUUCCGCGGGACAAUUUGACAGCAGAAACAGAAUGAAUAUAUUCAUAUAUUCUUACGAACAACCAGAACUAUCUAGAUGAGUUGACUGGUAACUGACUUCAGUCAGGAAUGGAUGAGGAGGUGGGCAUGUCUAUCUCGGAGGAGGAGAUGAUUGACAGCUUGUUCUAUAGAUGUGAUACACUAGGAGAGGGAAAAGUACAUGUCUACAGUGUUAUUCAAUUCCUGAAAAAUUGCCUCGGAAAUGGAAAUAAUGAGCCAGACUUGCUGGAGUUGGCAGCCAUCUUGGAAUCUGACUGUACAGAUGGUAAAAUAAACCUCACUUCAUACAGACAGGCUGUCAGACAGUGGGUCUCAGAAAUCAGGAAUAGAUGUGAGAGUACAAGUUUCCUUGAACCUGAUGGACCUCUGAAUUCUUCCUAUAACUUGUGUAACAACUCCACAGAUAGAUCCUUGUGUAUAGAGACAUCAGGCAUUGGUAAUGGAUCCUUUCAUAAAACAGAAGAUGACAUUGGAGAAUUACUGCAGGAAUUGGAGGAUUUAAAGUUUCAGAAUCGUAAACUCUUUGAAGAACAAACACAGUUACGUAACCAACUAGACACACAGGAAGAAGUUACUACAAACCUUACUACAGAACUACAAAACAGGAAUAAAGAUGAGGAACAGCUGAGAAAGAAAAUAAAAAGUCUUCAGGAUCUGGUAGAUUUACGUCAGUCUGUAAUGGAUGAAAAUGAAGAACUGAAGACUAAGUUACUAAGUACCCAAGAAUUGAAGAGAGAUUUGGAUACCAAGGUUGUCAACUUGGAAAGAGAAAAUGUCAACUUGGAAAGCCAAGUUAGGAACUAUGAAAGUAAAUGGCAGAAAACUUGUUCAGAACUGGACUUAGCAAGGAAAGAAUUACAACAACAACACAAUAUAUGUCUUGAACAUAAGGAUCUAUUGUUGAAUGCACAAGAUGCAAAGUCAGCCCAGGAGGAGGCCCUAACGGAGAGAAAUGAGGAGUUAAGUGCACUAAAAGAAAGAUUAAACCGGUUAAUGGAACACAAUGAGAAGUUGCAAGAAGAGAAAGAAGAUGUUCAAGUAAGACUGGCACAGAUCAAUGGAAAAUUACAAAGAUAUCAAAGUAAAGAAGAACAGCUGGGGUUAUCAGAUGAGUCUUUAACAGGAAACAACAAUGGUGUGGAAAGAUCCAAGAUUUCACCAAGGCUCAGGUUCAGCACACCACUAGCAAAGCACUCAAUAUGCAUGGAACUUAAGGACAGGUUAAAUGAAGACAAGAAUUUGCCAUCACCAUUCUGUGAGAAGCUGGAAUUAUCUACCGAUGUUAACUACCUGAACCGGCGAUCUGUUCUGUUACCAACAUACAUGUCAGCCUGGGACUUCGAAGUAUCCAAUGGAUCCCUGCAGGAUUACUCUCUAGAGCUGUUGAAGAACAGGAAAAGUCUUAGUCCUGGUUUCUAUGAUGCUGACCUUGAGAAGAAACUUGAGAGUUUGAAAGAUCUGGAAAAAGAUGGUCUUCAAAAAGAGAUUGUGAAACUGUACAGAGCAAACCUUGAUCUGGCAGAGAAAUGUCACAGAGCAGAAUUGAAAGAAGCAGAACUUCGUGAAGCUGUAAACGAUACAAAUCUGAAGCAUGACCUUGACAAACAGAAAUAUCAUCAACUGGAGGAUAGUCUGGAGACAAGCAAGGUUGCACGAGAAGUUGACCUGAAAGAUUUAUGGAAGCUUGUACACAAUGCUGAUGAGGAGGACUCUACUGAGAGUGAGAGUUCAUUGUCCACCUCUACAGAACAACUAAAGGAGCAGAUCCGACGUGACAUUGAAGCGCUCAGAAACAAACUCUACAGCAAGGAGAAAGCUCUAACUGCUUUGAGAUUUGAGAAGUCAGAGGUUCAGGGUCGCUGCAAUAAAAGGGCAUCAAAUUCUCCCCUUGUUGAAGCCCUAGAUAUACCCUUGGUGAAAAUAAUUAAGAGACAAUACUCUGGUAGAGGUGAGAAAUGUACUUGUCAGUGUGACAGCAAGGUUCACACAUGUAAUAGAUCGGUGCCUUUGGUGAGAAAACACAGCAGGGAGGAUAGUACUGAGGAAAAACAGUGUUGCCAUGGUGACAGUAAAGUAGGUGAUGCUGAAAAUUUGAAUUGUGACCCUUCAGAUAUUAAAGUAGAUAUCUUAAACAACUCUGAAGACGUUGAUAGUAUGCAUAGACAAGAUAUUCCGGAACGAUUUAAGUCUGAAAGCUCUGCAGGGUCUGAAUGUAUGAUACCACGUAACUCUGAUAUAGACGGAGUGUUUAAAUACAGCAAGUCUCCAAAAUGUCAGAAAUUAGUAGAUUCAGGAUCAGGAGAAAAAGUUCAUUCAAAAGAAAAUCAAGAACGGCAGUUUGUUAAAGAUCUGGACUGGAGUAAUGAUGAUGAGGGUAUUGAAUUCAGGAAACCUCAUGCAGGACAUGCCACUGUUCACAGAGAUGAAGGGCAUGCUAUGUUGAGGAGACAGAGUUACAGAAAAGCUAUUGAAAAUCCUGAAAGUUCAGUUGAUGAAAUACCAGCUGGGAGAUCUAGGAGUAAUAGUUUUCAGAAUGCUAUAGAACAGGGUCAGGUCAGCCCCUCGAACUUGUCUGCAGCCCCAGUGUUCACAGCUGGUGACACAGUCAUUGAUACAACACCUGAAUAUGAGGGCUCAGAUUCACUGUCCUUGAGCACCGCCCCCAGAUUCUUUAGCACUCCUUUAUCUAUAGAUACUGUCAAAGCAGUCCAGAUAGAUAAAAAGACAUGUAGAAAUAAUAAUGACGUUCAUUGGAAAGAUGUUGAGAAUAGAGAACUACACAAUUCAGAAGCUAAGCAGCAGUCCACUGGUCUUCAAGCUCAAUUGUUUAAAGCUGGUGGAUUAAAUCCAAAAAUUGUCCCCUGCAAUUCACACUUCUAUCCAUUGCUAGAACAAUGGAGAAUCAACAAAUCUAAAAUUUGUUACAUUCCAAGUUCUAUGGUCAAUAGAGACAUUGGUUGCAAUUUACUGGGCUAUUAG